UCACUUUCUGUUUUUAAUUCAACAUUUCAUCAUUUAACCUUUUUUUUUUGACACAUUUCUCUGCCUAUAAGAACCCACCAAAACUUAAUCUCAUUUCCCCCUUCUCUUCUUCCUUCUCCUCUUCUACUUCCUCUCUAAAUCUUGUUCUUCAUUCAUUGUUCAUUCUAUUCAUUCAAAUUUCUUCAAAAACUCCCUCAGAUUCUCUUAAUUCACUCAACUUUCCUCCUUUUUUCCCUUUAAAUCUUAACAAAAUCCCAUUUCAGGGUAUAAAUAUCAUCUUAGUUAAAAUCCCUUGAUGCUGAAUAUCUGGGUUUUAAUGUUUGAGAUUCAUGUCUCCAAUUCUCAGUGAACUUUAUCUUUCUGGGUUGAUGAUAAAUUCCACAUAUAAACACAGAACCCACCUUGUUCAUUCCUUCUCAGUUGUUUUCCUUUACUGGUUCUACUACAUCUCAUAAUCCUAACUAUAAAUCCAGAUCUAAAUAAUAUAUACUACUAUACCAAUACCAAUAUAUUCUCAAUAAACAAGAAUCCCCAAUUUUUCUAGUGGGUCCUUAAAAAUGGCUUCAUCUAGUGGAAUUACUUCUCCUGGGUCAUCAUCAUCUCUGCAGCAGAAUUCAAGUACUGAUGAAAGGAAACGGAAGAGGAUGCAAUCGAACCGCGAAUCUGCAAGAAGAUCAAGGAUGAGGAAGCAAAAGCAUUUGGAUGAUCUGAUGGUUCAAGUUACUAAUCUUAGAACAACCAAUAAUCAGGUUUUGAACAAUAUUAACAUUACUACCCAACAGUUUGUUAAGAUUGAAUUAGAAAACUCUGUUUUGAGAGCACAAAUGGCAGAACUUAAUAGCAGAUUCCAGUCUUUGAAUGAGAUCAUCAAUGCACUAAAUUGUAGUAAUAAUAAUCAAAAUCUGGGUGUUUUAGGGUGUGAUUAUGGAGGAGAAGGGGUGUUUUCGAUUAUUCCAGAGCCUUUUACAAGUGAUGGGUUUGUGAUGGAUCCAUGGAAUUCUACUGACUAUGCAAAUCAGCCUAUCAUGGCUUCAGCACAUACGUUCCAGUAUUGAUGAUCAUGUUCUUUACUCUUAGGAUCGAUCUUAAUUUAAUGGGGGUUAAUCCCUGUAAUUUUCUUUAUUUCUUUUUUUUGGGUUUUACUUGGGAGGGGUUCAUAACUUAAUAUUGAGUAAGUGAUUUGGUACUAUGGUGUAAAAAAUAAGGUUAAAUCCGCGUUCUAAAGGUUUUCAAAAUAAACAAAGCGAUAUUCCCCAUAUUAUAAAGGUGUAAAAAAGAUAUUUUAUGGUUUUUGAAAACGACGAUGUAUUAGAGUUCGAACAAUGUGUUUCCAAACUUCAAUAUUACCAAGAUCGAGUGUAUGAGGUUUUGUGACAAACAAAUUACGCUAUCAAUAAUAUCGAUGUUUAUAGGAGAAAAUAAAGCAAUAAAACGACACAAAGAUUUAACGAGGUUCACCAAACUAUGGCUACGUCCUCCGGUGUGUAGUAUCUCUUAUAUUAUCAAAAAGGAGUUCAAAGAACUCUCAAAUAUGGAGAAUUACAAUAGAGAAGAGAUAUAGGCUAGUGUUUGGCUUGGGGUGUAUUUGUGGAUGAUUACAAUGUGAG